UGCAAGAAUAACUAGCGCGAUAACACUGUCGCAUGCAACCCUGCUCGUGCUGCCAUCAUCAUUGCCCUUUUUUGUUUUAUCCGAAACAACAUCACAAAACGAAAUCGGCGCAAACCAAGUGACGGAAAAGAAAAAGCUUGCUCUUUUUAUUUCACUUCAGCUGUAUUCGCAUUCAAGGUAGGCCCAGCAUUACUGCAAUAAAGGCGAACCGCCUAAAAAAAAUUGGCAUAGAAAAUGGUAGGCGGCGUCGGCGGUGGCGACAAUAAAGUUGUGGCCACUUUGCGAGCGGAUGGAAGUGUCUAUCCUGCUAGUGGAACUUCCAUUGGGCAAUUAGUGAAUUUAAUGAACUACAAGAUUCGCACUGAAGUGGACGUAAGCAAUAAGACGCUCAAUACAUUCAGUGCUCCCACGACUGUUGUUGAUCUGGGAAAACAAUUAUUACAUUACUCGCGAGACGGUGAUCUGAAAGGAGUGAAAAAUAUGUUGUCACGCGGUGCUCCUUUCACCUCGGAUUGGUUGGGUAUGUCAGCGUUACACUUUGCGGCUAUGAAUAACCAAUAUGAAGUUUGUGAUGCUCUACUAAAAGGCGGGAUAAAUAAGGACUCUAAAACAAAAGUUGAUCGCACACCUUUGCAUAUGGCUUGCUUCUAUGGCAAUGAACGCAUAGUUGAACUAUUACUUUCCAAGAAAUGUUUGGUAAAUCCGCGAGAUAUGCUACGAAUGACGCCACUGCAUUGGGCAGUUGAAAAAGGCCACAAAUCCAUAACACGUCUUCUGCUUAAACACAACGCCGAUGUUACUAUAACAUCAAAAUUCGGCAAAACACCGAUUGCAAUUGCCGUAAUGACGGAACAAGCGGAUUUACUCGAGGAACUGGAAUUAGCGCGACAAUCGCAAAUUAACCGCAAAUAUAAUGAAGAACAUGAGGUGCGGUCCAAGCGAUUCAGAAAGGAAACGUCUGAAGCCGUGAACUCCAUAAUGGGCAUAUCGAAUUUUGUGUCCGAAGAUGCAGGAAAUUCAACAAAAAUUGUUUUGGAGGUAGAUGACGAUUUGACAAAUAAUAGCGAUUACGCAGAAGCCAAAAUAUCUGAUUUGGCAAAUAUCAAGGAAACGGGCGUGUUAGACAAAACCACAAUAAAUAUGCUCAAAGAUCAUGGAAUAUCUAUGAUACCAGAAGAUGAAGACACAUCUAAAGAGCUGCUCACCACUGCCUUGCAAAACGGACGUCAACUAGUUUUGUCGGAAGGUGGAAAAUUAUUGCUUAACGAGACAAAGAAAAUACAUAAAAAUAAUAAUGCCAGCAGCAGCGGAAAAUCGAAUUUAAAUACCAACUACACAGUGGUUCCCGUUCGUGGAACAUUGGCAUCACGCACGCAGAAUUAUAAAGCGCGGGCUAGUAUCAUUUCUAAGGCAAAGGAUAAUCUCAAUAUGUACAAGAACGUACGCAUUAUUUCGCUGAAUGACUUCAAAAAAUUCUAUGGGAAUACAAAUAUAAAAGGUGUACAAAAAAUUCCGGCAUCCAUGGCAAGCGAUCGAUUGUCGUGUAUAAGGCCACUAACGGACGAACAACGAAUACUUAAUACUGGUAGCAGACAAAUAUACACAGCUCCACGACUUCUAGCCCAACGACAGUUAAAAUCUGGCCAAACAGUUAUAAAAUCUGAUCAAACAGACACUGGCACCGCGGAGGAAGAUGACAUUGAUUCAAUUAUACAAUUGGUACCAACAGAUAGUGACACGGAGAUGUCAGAAACUGACCUUUCGCAGCAGCACCAUAAUCAACAACAAGUGCAAAAGCAAAAUCACCAACAGCAGAAAAUGAGCGUCACCAGUACCGCUCAUGGGGCGAAACAAUUACUCAACAUAUCUGCACCCCCGCUGGUGCGUCAAAUUUCCUCUAACACAGCCAAACAGAGCAUCAUCGCUAACAGUAGAACCAACGCGCCAGGAAGUGAUGGCAAGCAACCGGGUGCGACAGUUAUUUCUUUAUUGUCAGUGCCCGAAAUUUGCCGUCAACUAUAUGAGCUACGCCGUCAAAAUGAUGAAUUAAAGCGCAAAUUCGACACAGCACAAAAGGAGAAGGACGAGCUGCGUCAACGAUUGGAUAGAUUGGAAGAGCUAUUGCUGGUAGAGAAGAUGGAUGAGGGUUAUACCAUAGAUACUUAGUUGCAACCGUUGAGCAUACAGUGUAAAACACCUUGCUUUUUAUUUUGUUGCAAAUUAUGCGUGUUAUUUUAAUUUCUUGCAAUAUAUAACAUAAUUACAAGUGAAAUGAGAAGCCGGUAUCUAACAUACAUAUGUUUGUAUUUAGUUAAAGAGUAAGUUAUAGUAUGUAACGUUGAGGAAACAUGCAUUGCGAUCGUUACAUAAUAAGUUGAAAUAUAAAUUACUUUAGCUUUUUACUGUAAAUAUGUUAUUUAUAAACAUUUUAUUGCUAAACAAAUCAUUUCAUUGUCCCUCAUUGCUGAAAUAAUCAGGUUUAAUAAUUUUUAUGCUAGUACUAUUCAGUUUUUUAACACUUAAAUGUUUUGGCGAUGAAAUUAGCGUAUACAAUUACCUUUUUUAUUGUCCAAAAUAAAGCAAAAGAGAAUGUAUUUAUUAUUUCACAAAGAACAGUUUAAUCUAAUUGAAUUUUUGUAUUUUUCUAAUGACAAAGUGAAACAAAAUUGAAUUUAUUUGAAUAGACACAAAGGUACCACUUUAAGAAAUAUACCACAAGAAGGUGUACAUAAAAAAUUAUAUAACCACUGCAGAAAGAUUGUAUAGACUAAGUAAGCAUUAUUUGAAGUCCGAAAGUUAAAAACUGAUUUUUGUUUCUACAUAUAUUAUUUAAAUACAUAAGUAUCAUACGGAAAAUGAGCAGUUAAAAUUAGAACAAAAAUAAAGAAGCUCUUUUUUUAAAUUAUAAGUCAGUUGAUGUUAUAUCCUACGGUUCAUUGAAUAAAAGAACUUUUAAAAUAGUGAACUAA